AUGGUUAAGAGAUUUGAACCGGAGUCCAUCACUAUAGAGUCUCCGACUUUCUCUGACUUUACAACAACAACAUCGUCCCUCUUCGCCGCCAAAGUUUUCUUCAGAGAUCUUUCGUUUCUCCGAUUUUUGUUAGACGAAGACUCUGCUCCUAUAAUGUCAGGAAGAAAGGAAACGGUGUUGGAUUUGGCCAAGUUUGUUGAUAAGGGUGUGCAAGUUAAGCUCACUGGUGGUAGACAAGUCACUGGAACUCUUAAGGGAUACGAUCAGUUGCUUAACCUUGUUCUUGAUGGGGCUGUAGAGGCUGUUCGAGAUCAUGAUGAUCCUUUGAAGACCACUGACCAGACAAGACGCCUCGGUUUAAUUGUUUGCCGUGGAACUGCAGUGAUGCUCGUUUCACCAACUGAUGGAACUGAAGAAAUCGCUAACCCUUUCGCUCAACCAGAAGCUGUCUAAAAGAGUUUCUUCCAAAAAUAACAUUAUGCCUCUCUCUCUAUUAGUUUAUCUUGGAGUUUUAGAGAGUAUUCAAUGUAUCUGGCAUAACUUCGUGUCUUUGUUAUAACUUUUCCGACCAAACUUGAAUUUCAGUUGCUGUAAUAAAAUCAGUUAAACGUUUCACUAAAACAUCAUUUGCCGUGGAA